GGUUCGAAAAAUGAAAUCAACAAAAAAUUGGGAGACUUCUCUGACACACUACAAGGGAACCGUUUCCUUCUUCAAAACUCAACUCCUCCUCCUCCUCUUCUUCCCUCUCUGUGUGAGAUCCUUUUGCAGCGGUUAUUCUCUUUUGAAAUUUGAAUAUAUAUCAACAGCCUACACUUAGAUUCAUCUCCUACACAUAUUUAUUUUCACAGAAUUUUGAACUGUAGAGGGAGGCAUUUGCUUCUCUCUUUUACAGAAGCUAAGAUAGGUAAAGAGACAAACAACAUGUUUUACUCACAGUUUCUACUUUCAAAGAAGGGGGCUUUACGCACCAUUUGGUUUGCUGCUCAUUUUCAUAAACGCCUCAAGAAGGACCAAGUUCAGCAAACUAACAUCCCUUCUUCUGUUGAUAAAAUUCUGAAGGAUGGAGCUCCUGUGGUUACCUACAGAAUUUUAGGUCCCCUGCUCCUGGGUGUGAGAUCAACUAGCAAACUAUCAGCUCUAAGGAUUGAGGGUCUGCGUGCUCCUAACUGCUUUAUCAAACGACCAAAGAAAUUUGAACUGGAUACUUUUGAAUUGGAAGUCUUGGAAGAUCAAAAUGCAAGCAGUGGUCAUGUGGCAUCUCGUGAAGAAAUUAUGCUUUCAGAUGCUUGGAGAAGUGAGCAAACACGCUUGGGCUUAUCUAGCAAGUACGAGGAAGAUGUCUCUCGUUCAGAGUCUUUGACCACAGAUCACACUCCAGUUAGAGACGUAUGUUCGCCUCAUCUGAUGGACAAAGAUGUUCACUUCCGCCCAUCACUUGGCUCAGGCCACUUGGCAGCACUGUGGCACCUUAAUGGGACUAGGUUCUCCUUAGAAGAGCGCUUUGAACCUAUGACAUUUGGGGACCUUGAUUUUCAGAUGACCUCUGAUAAGACAGCUGAUCACCAGACUGAUGAGCAGAUGAAAGAGUCUAAUGCUGGGAACUUGGUAAAUGAGGAGCAUUUGUCAUCAUUGGAAGAACACGCAGAACCAAUGAUUACCGUAAACGCUGAAGCAGGAACCAAUAUUAGUCAACAAUCUGAGAAAAUUCGUCAGCCAAUUGGGCUCUUAAAACACCCUGAUACAGGAGGGGAUGUAGAUGAUGAAGGACCAGCAGGCGUUGGUGAAUCAUUCUCCGUGGAAAAGCAACAAAAGAAAAAUGCUGAAGCAUCUUCCUCUAGAAAUGGGAAGGAUCGGACUGAACAUGAUCGCUCCCUCUGUAUUGAUGUACACCCAGAUAUCAAGCUCUCAGGAUCUACAUCACCAGAUUUCAUAUCUGUUCGCACCCCAGCUACCAAAGAGCGUACUCGGAUUUCAAGGAAGCGGAGGUGCAUAUUUGAUGAUUCUAUCGUCAUCUCAAACGA